AUGGGCCAGGAUGCUUGGUGGUGGCAGCGUCAUCGCUGGGGCUACAACCGCUAUGGGUACAACCGCUACAACUCGUACGGCAAGUAUAGCUCCUAUGGUGGCGGAGGAAAGAAGCCCAACAUCCUCGUCAUCAUCGUCGACGAUCUUGGUUUCAAUCAGGUUGGAUUCCGCGCCAAUCCGGCCAACAACUCUGAUGUUGUCACCCCCAACAUCGAUCAGCUGGCAGGUGAAGGCAUCGUCAUGGAUCGGUUCUAUACGACUCCCUGGUGUGCCCCCAGCCGCGGAGCCUUGCAGACAGGCCGUUUGGAUGUCCUGAAUCCCCAUGUGCCGAACAAUGUGUGGAAUUGGGAUCCGAACGCCAGCUACGUGGACCUGGAGCAAAACACCAAGACGACGCCAAUUGUCGGAGGCGUCCAGCCAGGGACUUUCACGAUCGCGAACCGUUUGCAGGAGCUUGGAUAUCGAAAUCACCUGAAUGGCAAGUGGGGCAUCGGAGGCGGUGCCUAUCUCAACACACCCAUGGGAAUGGGCUACGAGACAUUCAUGGGCUGGUUCGGUGACAGCAUGGAAAGCUGCGACGGCACCGAGCCGGGAUUCGCAGUGGGAGGAGCUUCGACCCUGAUGAAUGCUCUGCCGGGCUUCUGGCGACAGGACGGUAUGGAGUCCUACAAUUCCUCCUGGUGCGACCUGGUACUCGCGGAGCUGCGUCUUGGAAACCUCGACGAGCUGGAGGCGAUGGUUGGCUGCAAGAGUUUCAAGGAGGCGCUCGAUGAUGUGGCUGAUGAGAAAAUCCGGCGGCGGUCGCGGCAGAUUAUUGUGGAGCACGACUACGAGGAGGCACCUCUCUUCCUUGUCCACGCUCUGCAGCUCAUGCACCUGCCCAUCCAAUAUCCACGCCGGUUCGCUCCGAAAAAUCGGACGGAGGAUUACAGCCGCCCGCAGAACGAAGAUCUGCGGGCUGCGACCUACGGAGCGCUCGAAUACGUGGACUGGGUGGUGGGGGACCUCAUCUCGGCCGUGAAGGAGCAAGGCCAGUACGAGAACACCAUCAUUUUCUUCACCUCCGACAAUGGCGGCGCGAUCUAUGCAGGCACUGCAAACAACAACUACCCGCUCCGCGGUGGGAAGUUCAACAACUUCGAGGGCGGCCAACGCGUGAACGCGCUCUGGGCUGGCGGCUGGGUGGGUAAGCAGCUGGACAAGUACCGACUGUCGCCCUUCACUAGCGACACGGUGAUGUCCAUCAACGACAUGGCCGAGACGUUGCUGGAGAUGAUCACGGGCAGGCCAUACCCAGACGGAGGCAUGCGGAACGCACCUGGACCCCUCACGGGAGUGCCCAUGUGGAAAGCCAUCCUGGACAAGACCCAGGUCCCGCGCAAGAUCACCUAUUCUGAGGUCAUGGAGCUGCGAGUGGGUCCGAACAUCGCAGAUUUGAAGAAGAUUUGGUUCACGGAGAACAACACCCUCAUCUCUGAUGGGAACUGGACACCCAACUUCCCCAACAACUCCGAGUUUAUCCCCGACUUCGGCUACAAAUAUAUUCGACCUUGCAGUACGCCCUACUGCUACUUUGAUCUCUACAACGACCCAUCAGAGCAAACGAAUCUGCCCUUGGACCCAGCCGCAGAGCAGGCACUGCGAUUGGAGGUGCUAGAAGACUGGAACCUGUUUGUGAUCGACACUUCCCGCGUCCGGCAGAUAGACCUGGACACUCCAACGACCCGGAAGGUCUCGCUCUGGACGCAUAUGGGCGCUUCCGGGCCUUUCCUGAGCAAAGCGGCAGAGCCCGUCAUCCCACCCAUAGCCGAAUGCUGGUGCGUUUGGAUCCAAGAUGGUCUGGCAGUAGAGGAUGUCACACAUGUGAUUUUCAACCUUUACCUCGGCCCAAGGUGCGUCGACAGUCGCGAGGCUUUCGGUAAGCCUGCUGCACUCCCAUGUCGACCACCGCUUCGACUCACACAGGCGCCCAUGCCCUACAACUUGUCGGAAGCACUCUGGGCAGAGAUUGGCUUCGAGACACCGGACUUCGACAGCAUCACCCAGGCCGAGUGGACCACAGGGGGCUUCGAAACUCCGCUGCCCCUGCUGGCUUUGCGCUGGAACUUCGCGGUGAUUGAAGGUUUGAAGGCGAUGAACAACCGCACGGGCUUCGCGAACUGGGCCAACAUCGGGAAGUACCCCUUCAACCUGGCAUACACCGAUCACUGUCCAAGCUUCGAUAUCUUCACGGCUCCGACGCCCGUCACGCAGGUCACAGAUUGGCUCCUCUCCGGCGGGAUCUUCAACAAUCCCACCGGGGGAGCUGGCAACGGUUCGGACGGGAAUGUGACGGCAUGCUUUCCAGUGGACACAGACAAGGCGGUUUGUCCAACCUUGGACAACAACCCACCAACUGUGGACGGCUUCAAUGUUCCGGUCUACAACACCACCUUUUGCCGCGAGUACUGCGUGAUAUGGAACCCUGAAAUUGACGGGUAG